GAGGAUGGGGAUGAUGACGAUGAUGAUGAGGAGGAGGAGGAGGAGGAGGAGGAGGAGGACAGCGAGGAGGACGAGGCGGACAGGCGGCGGGCUGAUGCGCGGGAGAAGCGGGAGCAGCGGCGCGAGGAGGCCUUGAAGGCGCGCAGCGCGCAGGACCUGCGGUCGCCCAUCUGCUGCAUCCUGGGGCACGUGGACACCGGCAAGACCAAGUUGCUGGACUGCAUCCGCCGCACCAACGUGCAGGAGGGCGAGGCGGGUGGCAUCACGCAGCAGAUCGGUGCGACGUACUUCCCCAUGGCCAACAUCCGCGAGCGCACCAAGGAGCUCAAGGCGGACGCCACGCUGCGCGUGCCGGGGCUGCUCGUCAUCGACACGCCCGGCCACGAGUCGUUCACCAAUUUGCGCGCCAGGGGGUCGGGGCUGUGCGACAUCGCCAUCCUGGUGGUGGACCUCAUGCACGGGCUGGAGCCGCAGACCGUGGAGUCGCUCAACCUGCUCAAGAUGAGGAAGACGCCCUUCGUCGUCGCCAUGAACAAGGUGGACCGCAUCUACGGGUGGAACGCCACGCCCAACGCGCCCAUCCGCGCGGCGCUGAAGAAGCAGACGCGCGACGCCAUCAUGGAGUUCGACCGCCGCACCGAGCAGGUGAUCCUGGAGCUGAAGGAGCAGGGGCUCAACGCGGCGCUCUACUACAAGAACACGGACGUGCGCAAGUUCAUCUCCAUCGUGCCCACCAGCGCCAUCAGUGGCGAGGGCGUACCUGACCUGCUGCUGCUGCUGGUGCAGCUGACGCAGAAGCUGAUGGAGGAGCAGCUCAUGUUCGUGGCGUCCGUGCAGUGCACCGUGCUCGAGGUCAAGGUCAUCGAGGGGCUCGGCACCACCAUCGACGUGGUGCUCGUCAACGGCGUGCUGCACGAGGGCGACCAGAUCGUCGUGUGCGGCCUGCAGGGGCCCAUAGUGACGACCAUUCGAGCGCUACUAACGCCUCACCCCAUGAAGGAGCUGCGAGUCAAGGGGUCAUACCAGCACCACAAGGAGCUGCGGGCGGCGCAGGGCAUCAAGAUCACGGCGCAGGGGCUGGAGCACGCGGUGGCGGGCACGCAGCUCUACGUGGUGGGGGCGGAGGACGACGUGGACGAGCUCAGGGAGGAGGCCAUGGCGGACGUGAAGGGCGUGCUGUCGCGCGUGGACAAGUCGGGCGAGGGUGUGUCGGUGCAGGCGUCGACGCUGGGGUCGCUGGAGGCGCUGCUGGAGUUCCUCAAGAGCCCCGCAGUGAAGAUCCCCGUGUCGGGCAUCGCCAUCGGCCCCGUGCACAAGAAGGACGUCAUGCGCGCCAGCGUCAUGCUGGAGAGGAAGAGGAAGGAGUACGCCGUCAUCCUCGCCUUUGAUGUCAAGGUGUCAACGGAGGCGCGGGAGAUGGCGGAGGAGCUGGGCGUGCGCAUCUUCACGGCGGACAUCAUCUACCACCUGUUCGACCAGUUCACGGCGUACAUGGCGGGCGUGAAGGCGGAGAAGCGUGCGGAGGCGGCGGAGGAGGCGGUGUUCCCGGUGGUGCUCAAGAUCAUGCCCAACUGCAUCUUCAACAAGAAGGACCCCAUCGUGCUCGGCGUCGAGGUGCUCGACGGCAUCGCCAAGGUGGGCACGCCCAUCUGUGUGCCGGGGCGGGAGUUCAUCGACAUCGGCAAGAUCGCGUCCAUGGAGAAGGACCACAAGAUGGUCGACACCGCCAGGAAGGGGCAGGCUGUCGCCAUGAAGAUCGUGGGGUCGAAUGCGGAGGAGACGCAGAAGUCGUACGGGCGGCACUUCGACAGCGACGACGAGCUCGUGAGCCGCAUCUCGCGCAACUCCAUCGACCUGCUCAAGGAGAACUACCGCGACGACUUGAGUCGGGAGGACUGGAUCCUCGUGGUCAAGCUCAAGAAGCUCUUCGACAUCGCCUAGGCUCGUCUGCUCACUACCCUCGCUGGGAUUCUACAUUUACAGGUUGCCAUUUACAGGAAACCCUGGUGUAUAGGUGUCCUAGAAUCAUUGGCCGAACACAGAGUGUCCAUGGUCUUCACUCCCAACUUGUUGGUUUGCAAGCAACCCUUUAUUCCAAGCAUCCCUCCCAU